AUGUUGUUUUCACAUUUUACAGCUGCCUUUGAAACGUCAGUCUUCGAAGCCUCGGCCAAGCAAGAAGAUCGGUUCCUUGGCCGUCUGGUGUCCGCGGUAGGUGCUACCCUGCUAGUAGCCACACUGGCCACCGUAGUAUUGCUUCUUUAUCCAAAAAUCGCAGGCGCAAGUGCCAGCGGUGAAUCAACAGAAACGCUGGGACUGCCAUUGCAAGUAGAUCAAGAUUUGGCGCCACCAGCCGCGGCCGUACCAGUCGGGUACCUUCCAGCCAAAAAAGCUACCUCCGAGACCACAUCCUCCAGCCCGACGACUACAACCUCCACUACCACCAGCACGACGACCACCACAACGACCACGACGACCACCACGACCACAACCUCCCCACCAGCCUCCGCACCAAUCUCCGGCCCACCCUCUGUUGUGUGUGUCAGCGAGCAGCUGAAUCCACCAACAACGCCCUGGGACGACUUCAUCGCUACUCCACUCCCAAAAGGUAUCUGCAAUUACGUCUUCUACAGCCUGGAUUCCGAAAGCAUCAACAUCUACCAGAAGAAAUACGGCCCCAACCACACUUUUGACAGGUUUUUGAGCUACGUAGAAAAAAAUUCUGAUCAGACCUUGGGGAUUGACAUAUCGCAGUUCCAUGUUGGCCAUACCAAUGUGCAACUCAAGAAACCGGAAGGAAAACAGGCUUUCAACGAGUAUUGGAAUAAAGGAUUCAAAAACUUCGCAGUGCUCGAUCUGGAGCUUACUCCGAAAUCUGUAGACGCCGACUUCACAGCCGUCACAACGCUGAUAAACACGAUCCGCAGAAUGAAAACCGAGAAGAUGUGCAUCAUCAUAGGCAUCUCUAUCCUACCGUCCGACCACUCGGACCUGUCGAACCUGCCCAAGAAGGUCUUCAAGUCCCUAGUUAGUGCCACCAAUCCCACAGGUGUCCUCUUCCGCACGACCUACAGGAAGCUCCACCAGGGUACCGAAUGCACACCGACAGGCUCGUCCAUCUGGGAUGUCUCUGACUAUACCCAGAUCCCCAAAGACCAACCUCUCUUUGUGCACACCCUGGAAUUUAUGCAGUCUGUCAACCUGCCGUCAUCGAUACGAACAUUCCUAUCGCUGUCAGCUGCGGGACUUCGCAUAUCCCCAAAUGGUACAGACGGGUACUGCGACAAGACAGAAAGGAUAGCGCCGUCAGAACUCUUCUGUGCUGGUGGGAGGUGGCAUAACGAGUACGUGUUUGACCUCCCGCAAGAUUCGGAGGUGGUAAUGUGGAUACCAACAGAGACGCACACCUACAUCUACGACUGGAUGUACACAGCGCUUAUCAAGAUGUGCUACGCGUACCAGCUCUACAACUUCACGGGCAGUUGGGUGGUAUUCGACUUUGGAUAUGACGUCACGGAAAACUGCGCGGGACCCGUGGAGAAGCGCAAGCAGAAAUUUGGUACAAUCUUUCGGGUUCAAGAAAACAUGAACGACUUGCCCCACUGCGACGUAUCUGACCCGUACAUUAAGAAAUAAACCAGGCGUCCGUUCAAGCUCCUAA